UUUUUUGCUUUCUUUUAGAGCCAUAUAUUCUAAUAAAUUAAUGGAUCAAUUAAUUAAUUUGCAAAACAAAUUUACAACAAAUUUUUGUUUAAAAUUUAUUUCUACAGCUUUUGGACUUUGGGGAAUUUACAAAUUUAUGGUUUAUCUCUACAAUGCUCGUCACUGCAAAUUUAAUUUAAAAGACAAAACUGUUGUUAUAAUUGGUGCUAGUUCUGGUAUUGGAAGGGCAAUGGCUUUUGAAUUUUAUAAGAAGGGUGCAAAAUUAGUUCUUGUUGCUCGAAGUGUUGACAAAUUAGAAUUACUUUGUAAAGAACUUGAAGACCAAAAGCAACAAUUUAAUAAUUUCCAUAACCCAACUUUUUAUCAAUUAGAUAUUACUGAAUUUGUCAAUUUAGAAGAAGAAAAUUACAAAAAUAAAAUUUUGGAAUUACUCGACCAUUCAAUUGAUGAUAGAAAAACUGUUGAUGUUUUAGUCUGUUCUGCUGGACUUUCAAAUAGAGGAUCUAUUGAAAAAACAAAAAUUGAUAUUUUCCGAGAAUUAAUGGAGGUCAACUUUUUUGGAUUUAUUUACAUUAUCAAAACUCUCCUAAAAUUUAUUCCGGAUGAUGGAGCAAUUAUUAACAUUAAUAGCAUUCAAGGACGGGUUGCUCUUCCUUAUAGAGCUCCCUAUUCUUGUUCUAAACAUGCUUCUUUGGCACUUUUUGAUAGUUUGAGGGGAGAAGAAAGACCGAACUUGCAUAUUUUGAAUGUUAAUGCUGGAUAUGUUAAUACAGGCUUUGGCUCCCGUGCUUUGAAUGUUGAUGGAAAACCCAUGGGAUUUGAAGAUCACAAUCAAUUAAAAGGAAUUAGUCCAGAAGAAGCAGCCAAAAGAAUUAUCUCUUCGUUGGAAAAUCGUGAAAAAGAAUUGAUAUUAGCUCCAUUCAAAAUUCGACUUUUGGUUAUGCUUAGAUGGUUAUCUCCUAGCUUGACAUGGUGGUUAUUGACUAGAAAAGCUCAAGCAGAUAAGAAGAUAGAGGAGAAAGAGAUGGCUAAUAAACAAGAGGAUUAAUAUUUGUUUUUGUUAUUUUUUUCUUUGUUUUUACAAUGGAAUCACUAUAUAACGACGUUUAUUUGGUCCGCAUUUCUGAUCCGAAGUCUAUUUGCUCUAAAAUGGCUAAAACAAUGUCAGUGUAUAGAGACUUCAUUUAUUGACAUUCUUGCUCUAUCUUUCAUUUUU